AUGAGACGCGCGACCACAAAUCAAUCUUCGGGCGUUCCUGAUGAUCGGCGGCGCAAGACAUUCGACGAGCAUGUUGACGUGAUGCUAGUCCAUUUCAAGGAGCAGCUGCUGCGGGCGCAUGAGCGCGAGAUGGGAUGGUUUUUGGGUUCGGGGGGUUCAUCUGCCGGUAGCAAAAAGCCAACUCGUGAGCAAGAAUUCAUGUCGCCGAUUUUGACGUCCUCACUGGCCUUGUCGGACGGUCCUUGGUCACGAGCUACCCUUCCGGGGCAGUCUACUCUGCAACCAAAGCCUCCGAAAUGCAGCGGUGAAGCUGCAGUUGAGAGGGUGACCAGUACCAGCAGCUACGUGAGCUCCAGAGCUUCACGACGGUCGAGAGUCCGUGCCAUUGCAGCACUUGGCGAACAAGGGUCCGACGAGGUAGUCCAGGCAGCAGCAAGAGCAGUGGCUGCAAGCCAAUUGCGGACGAGCUCCACAGCAUCAUCCAUGGUCUCACAAGGAACCGUUACAACUCUGUCUGAAACCACGGCCAACAGAGUCGUGCUGAACUGGGCAGACAUUACGACACGCCUUUUGAUGGACAGUGAUGUCCCCAUGUUCAACCUUCAUCCGCGUUGGAACAGCACGGCCUCCAGCACUUUGACGCCGCGAGAGCUUCGUGAUUACGAUGGGGACAACAUGCGUGCAUCGAGAUCUUUGGCUUCAGCGUCGAUGGAUUAUGAGCCAAAUCCGCAAUCGGAAGGUCCAAGCGAUCGGCGCAAGUUGUGCAGCAUCCAUCCACAUUCAAACGCCAGAUUGGCAUGGACAGUACUGACAUUCUUAGCAUGGACGUUCGAAUUUGUGACAGUUCCGCUUGAGCUCUCCAGCGAAAUUUCCAUUUACAAUCGGCCUCUUCUCGCUUGGUGUCUGAUGUUCAUUUGGACGCUGGACAUCUUCCUGAGCUUCCGCACAGGUGUUUAUGUUGAAGGGCGGCUGCACAUGGACUUCAGGACGAUAGCACGAGAGUAUGCCAAGUCAUGGCUGCUACUUGAUUUGAGUGUGGUCAUCGUUGAGUACGUGGCGGUCAUUACACAACAGAUCACUCCAUCAUCAGUCUCCUUGCUGCGGAGCUUUCGCUUCUUCCGGCUUGUGAAGAUGCUGCGCUUCAAAAGGCUCCAUUCAAUGCUGAACGAGAUACUCUUCGAGCGGGCAAAGGUUCUGACGGUCAACAUCUCGGUGUUCAAGACAUGCUUGGCCUACCUUGCUGGCCUGCACAUGCUCGCUUGCUUCUGGCUCUUCUUGAGGACGUCUACUUCCACAGGCAGGGAGCACUUUGCGGAGCAUGGCGUCGUCCUUGGAGAGAUGUCUGACACUACACAUGCCUACUUGAUCUCGAUCCACUGGGCUUUGGACUUCCUGCUGUGGUGUGAAAUUGACCUGAUUGAGUCACAAACAGACCAAGUUAUAGCUGCUCUGGCCCGCUUGAUCGGCUUCGUUGGCACAUCAAUAUUCUUAGCAAGGAUUGCAUUUCUGGUGCAGCAGUACGUCGACUCCAGAUUGAACAACUUGCAAGAUGUUUGCAGUCAUUUCCUGGAAACGCACUCCAUAUCAACGGACCUUUCGGUGAGGAUGAAGAAGUUCGUGAUAUCCUGCUACCAGCAGUCGUGGUUGGAAAGCAAACUUCAGGAGGAGCUGGCGCUGUUUUCGAAAAUGCCCAAGAGCUUGCAGACGGACUUGUACGAAGAGUCCCGUGGACCAUUUCUUGUCAAAAGUGCCUUCUUGUUGGAGUACCAGGAGCGUUUUCGACCGUGUUUUCGGCACAUCUGUUGCGAAGGGCUCGUUGAGGUUGUUGCACAACGGCAAGAAGUGAUAUUCUCGAAUGGGCAUCACAGCACUUCCAUGCUGUGCCUCGUAUCAGGGAUGUACAGCUACAAGCUGGCCAGGAAGCACACGUUGUUGGGUCACCUCGGGCAACUUCUUGCACCAAGAACUCUACGGGCGAGAUCCACGCCAGUGGGACCUGCGCGUGCGAUCUGCGAGAUAGCUCUUUGGACCAAUUGGCUUCAUACUGGCACACUGCAGGUCCUGCAGAGCGGUUACUAUUACACAGUGUCCGCAGAUGUGCUCGGAAAUAUUUUGGCGGCAUACCCAGAGGCCCAUCGAACUGCUGUUGCAUAUGGGCGCUUGGUGGUGAUUCAGUUGCACCAUGUGCGAAAUGAUUGUACGGACCUCACGCCCUUGGAGAUCGACUUCAGCCAAUUGCGCAAGGUCACAGCCCGAUUCCUCACAUCCGGGCACAUGAUAUUCCUGUCGCAUUUCAAGAAGGAAGCUGGGACGGAGGCGGCUCUCAUGCAGGAUGCUUUAAUGAACAAGAUCCAAACAGAUCCGCAUCAUCCUGCGCAUUAUCUUGAGCAUCCAGUCUUCUUGGAUUCAGAGAAUCUCGAAGAUCUGACAAAACUGAGAGACCAUAUCCAAAAGAGCAAGAAUAUGGUGAUUUUACUGACGCCUGGAAUUUUCGAACGUCCUUGGUGCUUGGUAGAGAUGGUUUCUGCUUUCAAACAGGGUAAGAACAUCGUUCCAGUGGAGAUCCAAAAACCCGACAUGAAGUUCGAGUAUCCAGAUGAGGACUUCCUCACCGAUCUUAGCUAUGGCGUCUUUUUCUCAGAGACAGACAUGCAGAUUUUUGCUGUCGAGCAGAUCGAGCUGAGUGAGAUCGAGGCAGCGAUUCGCCAUAUUCUCACCAAGAUUUCGGUUACCUUCUCGCCCCAUAAAGCCAGUUCCAUCAGAGACGUGGAGAUCAGGGCCAUCUUGCAGCGAAGGUCUGUUCACCUGUUCCUAUUUUUCACGGAUGAGCAUGACUUGUCAAGUCGGUGUCCUGAGAGAUCCAGCACGGCUCAAGCAACCAUGGCGCUCAAAAUCUCGACUGGCAGUGCCCAGCUUCCCGAGCUUCCAGGCCAGACAGAUCGCUGUCAGCAGGGAGGUGUUGCGGCUCCAAUUAGGCCGAUGCUGCAGAAGGAAUUGGGCCAACCGCAGUACCUGGCCAGUCCUCGCUCCGCUGCCCAAGCGCUGCGAGAGCUUGCACGCCAGAAGCGCUGGAGCCAAGCGAUAGAGGUAUUUCAUGCAAUGCAGGAGACGGCCAUUGAGGCAAAUGCAUUUCAUUUGAGCAGCGUCAUGAGUGCUUGUGAGAAAGCAUCGGCGUGGCAACACGCCUUGGGCAUGUUCUUCGGGUGCAGUGCUUCAGUGGAUCUGGACACUGUGUGUUUCAACGCGGCCAUCAGCGCUUGUGGCAGAUGUGUGCAAUGGCCCACUGCGCUGCAGCUGCUCGAUAUGCUUUCGGCAAACUCCCAGCCCAACACAGUCAGCUACAACUCAACCAUCAGCGUUUGCGGCAAGUCCAGCUGCUGGGCAAGGGCGCUGUGGACCUUCACAAGCAUGCGUGGUGCGAGGAUUGACCAAGACCAAAUCAGCCAUAAUGCCGUCAUCAGCGCGGGGGAGUGGGACCGAGCCCUGAUGCUGCUGACAUCAAUGAGCCAACACCAGCUGGCCCCGGAUGUCGUCAGCUAUGGAGCCACGAUCAGUGCUUGUGAGAAAGGCGGCCAGUGGCAGGCAGCCUUGGCCGUCCUUCAAUCCUUGCUUGAAGACCGCUUGGCUCCUUCAGAUAUUUGCUGGAACGCGGCAAUCAGUGCUUGUGAGAAGUGCGGGCAGUGGCAGGAUGCUUUAUUGCUUCUGGAGUCCAUGCCCAGCUCUGGGGUGACUCCAGAUGUUGUGAGUUUCAAUGCUGCAAUCAGUGCUUGUGCGAAGGGCGGGCGUUGGGAGCAAGCCUUGGCACUUCUGCAUUCCGCAACGCGCGCGGAGGUCAUUACAUUCAAUGCAGCCAUCAGUGCAUGUGAGCCUAGCUUCUGUAGAUCUGUGCAGUGCUUCGAACUUCGGACCUCUCCGGCCAUGGCACGUCUUCCUCUGCUCCCGCUCGCUGUGGCCGUUGCUUCGGUCGCUGCUUUCUUUCACGCGGCCUGCUGGAUCUCCAGCCCCGGCGUCACCUUGAACCUUCGCCACUCGCGGGUGUGCCGCCAGGCCGUUGAUCCAGGUGAUUGCAAGGCCGUCCGCGCCGACGCAGUCACUGGAGUUCUCCUGCCCGAUAUGGACGCAGACGAGCCUGCCUGGCUCUCAUUUGUGAUCUCCCGCUACCUGGAUGAGGAGUGGGUCGAGCAACCGGUGCACAAAGAGAUUGGAGAUGCUGUUGCGAAGCUCUACACGCAGGCACGAGACGCAGGCGACAACGAUCUGGUUGCAGUUCUCGCGACGCUCUCCUAUGGUUUAAAGGACAUGUGGUCCAAAGCUGGCUUCACUGAAGCCUUCGAAGGCCCCGUGGACGUCGCGAACCGCGUUGCAGAGCUGCUAAUGCUCAAAAUGGGUGGCGAAGUUUGGAGCUACGGCCGCAGCAACUCCGAGGUGCAAGAGAAGAUGAAGAAGCGCCUCGAGGAGUACGAGGAGGAAAAAGCCUGGGCUGUUGCAUUUGGAUGGAGGCACCUAGACUGGGACAAGCCGAGGAAGGCUGGUCGCUGGCAGCAUGCGCUGGCCCUGCUGGCCGUCAUGCCCGAAAAAAGCAUCCGCCGUGACGUGAUCACCUACAACUCGGUGAUGGCAGCACUGAAGAAUGCCGGCCAGUGGGAGACGACGAUGCAACUGAUGCAGCUCAUGUGCGCAGCCGGUAUGCCCUUGAGAACAUCGACAUACAUGUUGUCCGAUGGUCGGCAAACGAGCGUCAACACUUCCGAGCAUGAGGAGGAGAAGACGGAGGAGGGGAAGGAGCUGGCGGUGUUGAUGGUUCAGGUGUCGCUGAUGUCCGGUCAAGAGCUGGAGCCUGUGCAAAUCGUCGCCAAUCAGACGGUGAUCGUCAUGUGUCAGGAAGUCUUGCGCCAGCUGGUUCCAUCGGUACAGCGAAUCAGUUUGCUGCACGAAGGGAACGUCCUCCCCAUGCAAGCCACGGUCGGAUCCUGCUUAAGAGACGGGGAUGCGGUGACGGUCCUUGUGCGGCCCAAUGCCUUGAUGCUGCAGCAGGCUGACCUCGACACAGGCUUGUCAACCCGUCUCGUCGACGGGGCGCGCUGGGUGGGCGAAACCCUGGUCAUGGACAGUGUGUUGGCAUGCGCUGCUCCUCGCUGGGACGUCGUUCCGGACAUGCAGAAGAACUUUGCCGUGGAAGCAACCAUCAAGCUGUUUGAAUGGCCAAAUCCUGAAUGGAGAGGAACCAUCAUUUCACAGCACGGACCUGGCACGGGCUGGGAGCUGCGCUGUGGAGGAUCAAGUGUGACGGCGCUUUUCACUACUUCACUUGGGGGGCACAACGAGCUGAUCAUGAAGUGGGAGCGACGGGGUACAGGAGCGUGGCAUCAUGUUUGUAUGAUCUACGAAGCCGAAACGCAUCAGCUCAUAGUGGUGUGUGACGGUACUGAUCGUGACAGCAAGAAAGUGGUCGGAGAUUUCCGGCCUCACGACGACUUGGUGCACGUGGGCAGGAACCCGGUAUGGAGCGACAGAGGCAUUGUUGGAGAGAUCCGAAAUGCAGCUGUCUGGCCGGAUGGCUUUGGCUUCGGGCUUGAGGAUCUUCCGUCCAGGGCCCGUGCAAGGAUAGAGGAAGCGAAGGCUUCGGAAGAAGCUCGGAAUCGAGAGGAGGAGAUCUCUGGAGAGCUGAAGACAGCCGUGGCUUGA